UGCACCUUUUUGAGGAAUUCUUAAAGAGAAGCAUUCAUCGCGUGUGGGGUAAUUUCUGGGGCUGUUUUCUCUUCAGAUUGAUGUUUUGGACUGACUGGAAAGGACCUCCAAAAAUCGAGAGAUCGUCUUUAAAUGGAACUUGGCGUGUUUCUAUAGUAACCUCCAAUCUCUCAUGGCCAAGUGGUAUUGCUCUUGAUAGACGAAACCAGCUUCUUUACUGGGUCGAUGAGAAGAUGUAUAUCAUAGAAUCUGUUGAUUAUGACGGCAAUAACAGAAAGUUUUUGUUUCGGCAACGCAACUUUUUUGGGAUUACAUUUACCUCAUCUUAUUUAUUUGUCACUGAGUGGGGUAGGGAUGGUGUUUACAAGGUAGAUGCUUCUAAUGGGACACUGAUGGGUUUUCUCAAAUUCAGCUCAAGAGGAACAAGAGGAGUAGUCGCAUAUGACAACAAAAUAAACGCAACAGAAUGUCCAGUGUUGCCCCCACCGUCUCAUGGAACAAAAUAUGGAUGUCCAAAGACUGCAACAUAUUAUGAUACAGUCUGUCAGUUCACGUGUGAUAAUGGUUAUGUAGGAUCUGGUUCUCAUUUAAGAAGAUGUCAACGGAAUGGAACUUGGAGCGGGCAAGACUUUGUUUGUGAAAGUAGGUUUCUACAGCUCAAGGAGGUCAGAAAGUGUUGCUUUUGAUUUGAUGCAGCAUUAAAAAUGCUCUCGUCCU